AUGUCUGCCGAACUCCUUCGCGAGAUAGGGGAUCGGACUUUCUACGACGCCAGCACUAUAGCUCAUUGGGUCAUGAAGCAAGAGAACCGGCUUAUACUAAUUCGUAGAAAAGAGAGAGAAGAAGAGCGAAUCUGCAACCGUGCUCGACCCAACAGCCCGAGGCCCGACACCAGGCGCCCAGAAGCCAGGACUACGCCAGGUAAGGCGUAUCCGUUCCCUUUAGCCCCGACAGUAGGCCCACCACGACGCUCUCCUACUCCUUCUCCCGGCCAGGCUACUGGUUCAAAAUCGAAGCGCGUGGGUUUCAAGAAGGAUGAUACGGUAACUUGUUUCCACUGCAACAAGCCUGGCUAUGUGAAACCUGACUGCCCUGACCUUCACGUUAGUAAGAUCGAAGAGGCAGAAUCUGACUUCGGAGAUGAGUCCUCUGGCCCUGACAAGGAAUCUGCGGAGUCGGAAAACGAGAUGCCUUAG